AUGUCUGACCGACAAGAUUGUUUGAGGCUUGGUAGGGUAACACAGUAUGCUUCCUUGCGGAGGGAGAGGAGUCAGACCACACGGUCUCCGAGGACUGAGGCCUCACAGGCCCCGUCGAUAUUCAGACAGGUUGUGUCCGAGGCCCCAUCGACAUCUGGACCAUCUACUUCUUCCUCCCGUAGCAGACGAGAGUCUCCAGUCCACCCAUCUCCGCCUCCGUCAUCCCGCAGACGCACAUCCAUACCAUCCUCUCCACCGCAGGUUUAUGAGUUUGGGUCUACACCUCCUACACCACCAGUAGAUCAGGUUCCAGAUGUACCAGUGCCAAGAGAGGUACCAGUUCCAGGAGAGGCACCAACAGAAGAGGCCGCACCGGCAUCGGCGGCACCAGAGGUCCCUCAGGAUCAGGAACCAUUAAAGGUCAUCAACCAUGGGAGGAAGAUCAGCAAGCUAACUCCCCUAGCGGAGCCAUGGUUUGAUGAUAUUGUUAGGAGUGAAUUAAUGGCAAAGGAUUGGUACUUGGAUAAACCCGAAACAGUGAUGACCGACUGGAACACCUUAGAAGAAAAGUUUUUAGAAAGGUUUUACUCUCAGAAUCGAUUCUUUGAAGCAAAAACAGCCAUAGCCGUAUUCUCUCAGGGAAGUAAUGAAUCAUUAAUGAAGCAUGGGAAAGAGAAGAAAGCCGGAAUUUUGGAAUUGAAUAAUAGUGAUGCUCUGUUGGCCCAAAAUAAGUUACUAACAUCGCAAGUGGAACUUUUGACACAACAAAUAUCUAAACUACCACAACAACUCAAGGAGCUGAAUGGUGUAUCUAAUUCUUAUCAAGUUGCGAAGUGUGAGUUGUGCAAGGGAGAGCAUCAGACAGGAUUUUGCCCACCGGUGUUGGAAGAAGAAGUGAAUUACAUGAAUAACAAUCAAGGACAAAGACAGAAUCAGUAUCAAAAUCCUCUGUAUCAACAAGCCAACACUCAAGAGAAUCCAAAAGAGCAUUGCAAAGCGGUGGUGACAAGGACUGAGCAAAAAAGAAGUAAUAAUGAAGUUGAAAAGAAUGAUGUUGAAGAUGAGACGGGGGAGGAAGCUGAAAAACAUGAUGGAGAAGAUGAAGAAUAUGAAAUUAUUGAUACUAAUGCUGAAGAAGAAAAGGUGAAUAAAGAAGUUAAGAAGAAAGAAAAGCUAAAAAGAAAGAGUAGUAGAGAAAAGAUGGCAAGCAACGUGAUACCAAGUCAACAUUUGCCAUAUCCCCAUGCUCCAUCAAAGAAGGACAAUGCGAGGCAAUAUGCAAGUGCUAUAAUAUCACGCCUUCCUCAAAAGGCAAGAGAUCCUGGAAGAGUCACAUUGCUGAUUACAAUUGGCAAUCAAAAUAUUGGGAAUGGAUCGAUCGAUUUAGGAUCAAGCAUCAAUUUAAUUCCUCUAUCAAUAGUGAAGCGGUUGGGAAAUAUUGAGAUGAAGUCAACAAGAAUGACUUUACAAUUAGCAGAUAAGUCAACCACUCUUCCGUAUGGAGUUGCACAAGACAUGUUAGUAAAGUAG